UAUAAGAAGACCCCGGUUACAGAGCAGAACUCCCCAUUCCAAAUGAAAGCCGGAGGAAAAAUUAAAGAUGAGCAGAACCAUGGGAUGUUAAACUCAGUAACCAAAGUCUUACUAUAAUUGUUGAGCUGCGUGAGUGGUGGACAAUUGGACAUACAUCAUCAGUCAUGAAGCAAAUGAGGUAUUCUACAGGUGCAAGUUCAAAUGGUUGUGGUCUCGUGGAUCGGUUAUAACAAGGUAUCGUGUAUCUGCGCGGAAACAUUUUAUUUCAAAUUAUGGAUAGCUUAGCAUUACUAUCUUCCACUACUACCCUCUACCGCCCUCUGUUUAGCCCUCCUAUACUAAAAUUUAGAACCAACUGCAUAUUCAAAUCCAAAAGCAAUAAAAAAUUGCAGUUUAUUGCAUGUCGUUGCAGUUUGGGUAAGGGUGAGUAUGGUGGUUGGGAUGAUUUUGAUCGUUCCAAUGCUUUGAGAUCGAAGAAUGGUAUUCUAGGAGAUUGGCUGCAGAACUGGGAAAAUGAUAGAGGGAAAUCUUUACUUGUAAUGGGUUUUGGAGUCGUGUUUGCCUGGUCAGUUGCAAGGCCCAGAGCAUUGUGGUGGGUGUGCUUGCCACUCUGUGGCUUUAUGUUGCUACUCUUCUUUCAUGAUUAUACUACACAGGAUGAGAGCUCUAGGUCUAGGUCUAGGUCUACUGCUACACCUAAUUCGAACAAAACUUCGUCAGAGCAAGAUGGCAUUAGAAUUAAAUCUUCCUUAACAAAUCAGUUUGCAAUUUUGUAUGAUGUAAUGCUAAAUUUUUUAUCUUUAGACAAGAGUGCACAGGAAACUCUUUCUGUGCAUAAUGAUAUCAGUUUUGGUGAUCUUUGGCAAUAUCUAAAAACAAUUAAGGCCGCAGUCUCAAAAUCCAAUAAAUCUACUGAAUCUGAGUCUUCGUCUAAAGAGUUCAAGUUGGAACCCCAAAUUUGGAGACGGAUUCUUGAAGAGGAUGGGCUCGAUGGAGCAGGUGUAUCAGACCCAAAACUCGGAUAUGCUGUUUCUAAAUCUUCACCUGUUGUAGCAGGGGCCAAAGACAUAACUUUACGUAAAAGCGAAAGACAGAGAAAAUCAUCAGAAUCAAGAACGAAGGAGUUGAUCACCAAUGGAUACUCACAACAAUCAUUAGUUGCUGAAUUAGGACAGGGUAAGCUUAAUGGAAGGAAAACUCACUCUGGUCCUGUCCAGAGCGCUCACGGUCAGGAAAGAGAAAUUAACAUUGUUGAUUUGGAAAGGAGCAGAAAGGGAGACAACAACCAGGGUGAAGAAUGGAGAAGGAAAGUACGUUCACAAAAUUCAGAUGAAAGUGCUUCAGAGGAGCCCUCCACAACUAAUUGUGGGUAUGAGAGGGAUCAACGUCCUCACAAAGAUGGAUCCGUUUCCUUGCAGUUAGGAAGUAGCAAGCGAAGUGAGGAAUUUGGUUUAGAAGGCCAAAAAAGUUCUUCCAACUAUAGGGGAAUGAUCAGCCAAUCAGCAGAACAUCAGGAUGAAGAAUAUGCAGGGCAACAGAGGUUUGAUGUAUUACAUAAUUACACAAGAGGAAACUCUCAGGCCGUUAAUAAUCAUGUCAAUGUUCCAAUGCCAUCUAGUGGGAUAAAUGAAAGAGUUAAAAACCCCUUAACAACAUCUGCUGCAGGAAAUGAAGGGAUAGUAAUUGAACAUGGGCUUUUGCAAACGGAUAAGUCCUCUUCAUUUUUCUUAGAUGGAACAAAUAUUCUUCAAACUUCCUUGCAUCUUUCCGAAGCAAGCAUGAUUGAAGAGCCAAGAAUUAGCACACAAGAUGGUAGUCAUGAACGCAGAGGAAAUGUCAACGACAGAUAUGGAGAACAGAAUGGUGUUACAGAGAAGAAGUCUCUGGUGGACAAUUCUGAUUCUGACUGUUACACUCAAGCUGCAGUUAGCCGGAGAAAGGUUGCAGCCAAUUCAAGUCAAUCAGAGCAUUCAGAAACUCCCAAGGCCCAAGAUUUACCAUUCUCAGAAAACGUAAAGGAGUUCUUUCAAAUGUGUCUAGACAAGGGAGGAGCCCUUCUGAAAGAUGCUAAAAAAGGCUUGCAAGGGAAAUCUGAAGUAGUUGAUGCUGAAGGCAUGUUAUAUGAGGCUGCAGUUAUAUUUUCUACAGCUUCUGCUCUUGACCCUUCAAGCUUGGUAGCUGUAGGACAGUGGGGGAACACCUUGCUUGUUCAUGGAGAAUUUAAACUAAAACUAAGCCAGGAACUAAGGAGUUUGCUUCAAUCGAGAAAUUAUUCCUUGUCUAAGAAGGCGCAGAGAUACCAGCCUGAUGAGUUGAGGCUAGCUAUGAUGGACAGAGACACGAUUGCAGAAACUUUACAUCAGGUGUGUGAAGAGUGUGAUAAGCUUCUAGUUGAAGCCGGAAGGAAGUACCGGAAAGCAUUGCUGUUGGAUAAAUAUGAUUUAAGGUCUUUGUAUAACUGGGGACUUGCACUUUGCUUUCGUGCUCAGCUAUUUUCAGGAGGGGGAGAGAGAGCACUUAAAACUGCAGACAAGAUAUACCUGGCAGCCAUUGACAAAUUUGAAGCUGUGAUGGGAAUCAGUGAAACUUAUGCACCAGAUGCACUGUUCAGUUGGGGCUUGGCUUUGCGUAAUCGAUCCCAUAUGCGAACAAUUGGAAGCAAGGAAAGAAUCAGAUUAUUACAACAGGCCAGGCAGCUUUUUGAGGAUGCACUUAAAUUCAAUCCAAACCAUGGUCAAGCUAAAACAGCUGCCGUCUCAUGUAUAGAUGAAUUAAAAGAACUGGAGUGUGCGUCAUUGAAAAGACCAAGGCAGGAGCGGUUUAGGCCCAGUGCUUCAUGGAACAUUGAUUAAUACUUCUAUGUGAUUUUUUUUUUGUCGAUACAUUGUACCUUGAAGGCUUUGCACAUUUCUCACUUCUACCUGUGCAAACUAAUUUUUUUUCUGGAGAGAGAAAACAGUAGAAGCAUUGUAAACCAUUUGAUCUCAUUGAAGAUGAAAAAGAUGUUCUACAGAUGCUAGAGAUUCUAGAAUGUCUUUACAAUUUGCAAAAAGUAAAAGUUGCAAGCUUUGCUUGUUUGCAGAGAAACAAUGCGCAGAGCUGUUUCACAGUAUUUCCAGUUAUUUGAACGAGAGUCAGCUAAGAAGAACAAUUUCAUUAUAGGAAAUCAGUUCAUGCCCUUAUCAGGCAGUGGAGAUGUAGCUAGAAAUGGCAUGUACGAAAAGAAAUAUGAUAAAAAGGAACUCGUUGGAAUUCCAGCAAUGAGAAAAUAGAAAUUUUAAUAGUUGCUCUGCAUGACGAGUGCAGUUAUCUUUAAAAUAGCUGUUGCAUUCAGAGUGAGGAGGCAGUCACAAUAAGAAGUAUCGGACUUUCAGAGAGAAUGAUCUUUCACUACCAAUCUUUUAUAUUGCUUUAAUCAUUAAUUUUUUUCAGGGAGCAUAUAUUUGUAGAAAAGUAUAACGGUGAACAGAAUGAUUUGUAGUCAUCCAAAUAACUACCUGUUUGCCCGAUUCAAUUUCUUCCAAGUAAAUUGCUAUUCCGGCGACUUCAAUGUUGAAGUUUUCCUGUCCUAUGAUUGAAUUCAGUGACAUAAGAGUUGCUCCAAUCUCCUCUGCCCCUAUUGAGCGAUUGUCCCUAUGGGCCUAUUCUCAUUAAGCAGAUCUUUUUUUUUUUUAAA